GACCUGCGGCUAACUGGAUUUGAUUUAUAAGAGGGGAUUCUGCAGUAAAUGGCUGCUCUCUUCAUAUUGCUGCUAUGGAAAACAGAAUUGUCAAUAGGAUGUAGUCUGAUAAAUAGUGCUGAGUGAAGAUGCAGCUUCAAUAAGUGUGAAAUCAAUGGAAGAUACUUACUGCAUGAAAAGCCUUUUGAGAUUUUUCUGACAGGCACCUAUUUAGGAAACUUGAUCUGUUUCCUUCGGUUGCCCUGUUUUUACACCAGUGGAUACAAAUCAGAUUGCUUCAUUGUAGUUACACAACUAAUGUGGGACCAUGGCCUUUCCAAGAUCCAUGUGGCUGAACUGUGUAUGGAGAGCGAUGGUAGUCCGCCUGUUACACAUGGGAUUGAAUGCCACUUUUGCUUUUUGUAUACUUGGAUUUUUGCUUCACGCUGCAGCUGUGUCCUCCCAAAAAUUGGAUGAUACCAACCCAGUGGUGACCACCAACUUUGGCAAGAUAAGAGGGAUUAAGAAGGAACUUAAUAAUGAAAUUUUGGGGCCUGUUAUUCAGUUUCUUGGGGUUCCGUAUGCUGCCCCUCCAACAGGGGAGCGCCGCUUUCAACCUCCUGAGCCUCCGUCUCCCUGGGCAGAUAUCAAAAAUACCACUCAGUUUGCUCCAGUGUGCCCCCAGAACAUUAUAGAAGGCAGGUUGCCUGAAGUCAUGCUUCCCGUGUGGUUUACUAAUAACUUGGAUGUAGUUUCCACCUAUGUACAAGAUCAGAAUGAAGACUGCCUCUAUUUAAAUAUCUAUGUCCCAACCGAGGAUGGUAGUAUGGGAGAAUUUGCAGAUUUCUUUGGGAACCUUUGCAAAUUCCCAAAGCAAUGGAUAUGCGAUAUAGAAGUGCAGCUCCAGGUGUUGGGGAAAGAGAGACAAAAUUCCUCUUGCAGCACUGGUCCAUGUGAUGCUCCAAGCACAGGAGGUGGACAAAGCAGCAUGGAUACAGAGGAACCCUAUGGACCAUCUCCCUUUCUCUCCUCCAGAGUGGAUGGGGAAUGGCAGUGUACCUAUGGCAUGACCGGCAACCAUGCAGCCACCCUUACCAUGACAUCCGCCUCAGUUUUGCUUCUAAAGACAGCACCCCGCUGUCGGGCUGAGGCGCUGGGCAGACUGGAGCUGUGUACAAACCAGCUGGAGGGGCCUCCCAUCGCUCUUGCACCCGGCUGCUCACCUCCCACCUACCAGCUGGGGCUCCUCCUCCGGUCUUUGCUCCCAGUUUUGUUCGGGGAAUGA